AUGUCUCCCUCCGAAAGCGUCCAGGCGCUAGUACUUCAUGGCGCCAAAGACUUAAGAGUGGAAACCAGGCCAGAGCCUACGCCCCGCAAAGGAGAGGUCCAGAUAGCCAUCAAGGCCACCGGUCUCUGCGGAUCGGACUUGCACUACUACCAGCAUGGCCGUAAUGGCAGCUUUGUGAUCCAAGCACCACUUGUUCUUGGUCACGAAGCAUCAGGCGUCGUCACUGCUGUUCCUGACACGCAGAAUGGAGCCACCACCGGCGCUGGUCCUUCGGCAGGCCUCAAGGUUGGAGACAGAGUCGCCCUAGAAGUCGGUAUACCCUGUCGGUCAUGCUCACUAUGUACUACCGGCCGAUAUAACCUCUGUCCUCAAAUGUCCUUCAGGUCUUCAGCAAAGACAUUUCCGCAUGCAGACGGCACCCUACAGACUGUGAUAUCCCAUCCGGCCAACAUGUGCCAUGAACUCCCCGAGCACGUCACGUUCGAACAAGGCGCCCUUGUUGAGCCAUUAGCUGUUUCGCUGCACGGGAUCAAUCGAAGCCAGAGUGCGGGAUCAAGCGCCGGAGUUCCCCUGGUCGGCUCAACUGCCUUGGUGCUCGGGGCUGGUGCUGUUGGGAUGCUGACCGCGGCCGCGCUCGCCGUCGCCGGAGUCUCAAAAAUCGUCAUUGCCGAUAUUGAUGCUCCGAGGCUCAAGAUCGCAGCGGGCCUAGCCAGUGGGAAAUACAAGCUGAAGACGUUCCUGUUGCCACGCAAAGCACCGGCGCCGACCAUCGAGGAGACACUAGCUGGUGCACAAGAAUUGGCCACUGAGGUUUGCAAGUCAGCAGACCUGCAAUCUGGGUUUGACAGAGUUUUCGAAUGCACGGGAGUGCAAUCUUGCGUGCAACUAGGCAUCUUUGCAGCUACGGCAGGUGGGAAGCUGGUGCUGGUUGGAAUGGGUACCCCGACCCAGACACUGCCCUUGGGCGCAGCAGCCUUGAGGGAAGUGGACAUUAUUGGUGUAUUCCGAUAUGCAAACUGCUAUCCAGCUGCUAUUGCACUUUUUGCGAGCGGACAAUUGGACGGUGUCGUUGAAGACCUUGUUACACACCGUGUCGCACUUGCAGACGGAGAAAGAGCAUUUAGACUGGCUGCAAACCAGCCAAAGGACGGAGAAGACGAGGGAAGAGUGCCUGUAAAGGUCGUCAUCACUUCGUGA